AUGUCCUCCGCCGCGACGCUCCCCUCCGCGGCGCCGCGACGCGCGCCCGCGCCGCACGCCUCGAGACGCUCCCCCGCGCUCCUCCGGGGGACGCGCGCGAGCUCGACGACCGCGGUCGCCGCGAACGCGGACGCGGCGGACGUCGCCGCCGCGUCGGAGUCCUUCCUCUCGGACGAGCUCUCGUGGCCGUCGCGGUCGCACGCCGCGGGCGACCUCCGCGACGCCGACGUCGGCGACGUCGUCACCCUCUGCGGAUGGGUGGACAAGCAGCGCGACAUGGGCGGCAUCGUCUUCGCGGACGUGCGCGACCACACCGGUUUGUGCCAGGUGGUCUCGGACGCGGACACGCCGUCGCGCGCCGUCGCGGCGCUCGCCGCGAUGCGAGCGGAGUGGGUCGUGCGCGUGCGCGGACGCGUCAAGGCGCGCACGGCGCCGAACGAUAAGAUCCCCACCGGCGCCGUAGAGGUCGCCGCGGACGAGGUGGACGUCUUGAACGUCGUCGGGAAGUCGCUGCCGUUCGCGAUCGGGGGUGGGGGAGAGGAGGACGACGACGCAGCUGGCGGCGGCGCGUCGGAGGAGGUUCGGCUGAAGAAUCGCGUGUUGGACCUGCGGCGGCCGCGGAUGGUGAAGAACCUGAGGCUGCGCGCGAAGACCGUCCGCGCGCUGCGCGGCGUCCUCGAGGACGAUCACGGGUUCCUCGAGAUCGAGACGCCGAUGCUGACGCGGUCGACCCCGGAGGGCGCGAGGGAUUAUCUCGUCCCGUCGCGGCUGCAGCCCGGCGCGUGCUACGCGUUGCCGCAGUCGCCGCAGCUCUUCAAACAGAUGCUCAUGGUCGCGGGCGCGGACCGGUACUACCAAGUCGCGCGCUGCUUCCGCGACGAGGACCUGCGCGCGGACCGUCAGCCGGAGUUCACGCAGCUGGACAUCGAGAUGGCGUUCACGGACAUGGACGGCAUCUUGAGCCUCGGCGAGGAUUUGAUGUGCGCCGCGUUUAAAGAGGGCGUCGACGUGACGCUCCCGCGGCCGUUCCCGCGGAUGACGUACGCGGAGGCCAUGAGCAAGUACGGCAGCGAUAAGCCGGACGUUCGGUACGGUUUGGAGUUCACGACCAUCACGGACAUCGCGUCGAGGUGCGCGUUCAAGCUGUUCAGCGGCGCGGCGAGCGAGAACGGCGGCGCGGUGAAGGCGAUUCGCGUCCCCGACGGAAAAAGGCUGUCCAACUCGCGGUUGAAGCCGAAGGGCGACGUGUGCGCGGAGGCCAUCAAGGGCGGCGCCGGCGGAUUAGCGUUCGCGCGCGUGGGCGAGGACGGCGUCUCGCUCGAGGGCGGCGGGAAGGCGCUGUGCGAGGGCCUCGCGGACGUCGCCGGGGAAAUCAUCGACGCGUGCGGCGCCGGCGCGGGCGACGUCGUUCUCUUCGGCGCCGGGGACGAGAGCGUCGUGAACAAGUCGCUCGACCGCGUGCGGCAAUACGUCGCGAAAACGCUGGACAUGAUCCCGGACGACGCGCACGCGGUGUUGUGGAUCACGGAGUUCCCGAUGUUCGAGAAGAACGAGGACGAGGACCGUCUCGAGGCGCUGCAUCAUCCGUUCACGGCGCCGAAUCAGGACGACGUCCGCGACGGCGGCGACAUCACGAAGGCCAGGGCGGUGGCGUACGACCUGGUGUACAACGGCGUCGAGGUCGGCGGCGGGUCUCUGCGCAUCUACCGCCGGGACGUUCAGGAGAAGGUGUUCGACGCGAUCGGGCUGUCGAAGGAGGAGGCGGAGGAGAAGUUUGGGUAUCUCAUGGACGCGUUUCAGUUUGGCGCGCCGCCGCACGGAGGCAUGGCGUUCGGGUUGGAUCGCCUCGUGAUGAUGCUCGCGGGCGCGUCGAGCAUUCGCGACGUGAUCGCGUUUCCAAAGACGGCGACCGCGCAGUGUCUGCUGACGUCCGCGCCGGGGAGCGUCAGCGACGCGCAGCUCGCGGAUCUGCACGUCGCGAAGAAGAUUCAGCUGAGGGCGGCGGAGGAGGACGCGAGCGGCGGGGGAGCGUCGAAGUGAUUGUCGUGAGUUGAAUACGGUUGAUCCGAUCCAAUCGUCGUCGAUUGC